CUUGCCCACUCCUCGUGCACUCGCGACUCGAUUGUCUUGAGGUUCUGUCACUGUCACGCGCUCUCCAGCGCAUAGGAUAGAGAUACAGAGAGUGAUUUAGCGGUUUAGCGAUCACUUUUGGAGCAGGACACAGCUUCCAAAGAAGUUUACAAAAGGACUUACGUCUGUCAGAGUAUCUUGAUUGUCCUCGGGACGGAGCACUCCAGAUCUUCCCUCAAUUAAGUUCAAUGCCACUUCUCCAGUAAGCAGGAUGAAGACGGCGGAGAUCUGUGUGGUCCUGUUUGUCUUGGGCUGUGUGUGUGAACUGUCAUUGUCUGUGGACCCCCGAGAUCCAAAUGUUUGCAGCUUAUGGGAAAGUUUCACCACUUCAGUGAAGGAAUCAUAUGCUCAGCCUUUCGACCAAGUGAAGUAUGAUGAGACCUGCUCUGAACCCUGGAACACUAACAAAUGCACCCGGCACAGGAUCACCUAUAAAACACUUUAUAGGCAGGUGGUGAAAAUGGACUAUCGGAGGAGGUAUCAGUGCUGCCGUGGUUUCUAUGAGAGCAGAAAUAAAUGUGUUCCACGUUGCACUAAGGAGUGUGUCCAUGGCCGCUGCAUAGCACCUGAUCGCUGCCAAUGUGAGAGCGGCUGGCGUGGAGAAGACUGUUCCAGCUCAUGUGAUGCCCAGCAUUGGGGUCCAGGCUGCAGGCAGCGCUGCGAGUGCCAGAACGGGGGAGAGUGUGACGUUAUUAAAGGAAGCUGUCAGUGCCCAGCCGGAUACACUGGUGAACACUGCCAGGACCCCUGUCCUGCAAAGUCGUUCGGUCAGGGCUGUCUGCAGCAGUGCCAGUGUGGAACAGGAGGAUUCUGCAAUAAAACCACUGGAGAAUGUGUGUGCAGAGAUGGAUUUACUGGAACUCUGUGCCAGGAGCCGUGCAUGCGACCGAGCCGCUGUCCUGCACGCUGCCCAUGUCAGAAUGGAGGCAUCUGUCAGGGGAGAGGGGUGUGUUUGUGUCCUCCUGGCUGGAUGGGUGCAGUGUGUACUGAGCAGUGUCCACCGGGCCGUUUUGGUCCAAACUGUGCUAAAGAAUGUUUGUGCCACAAUGGAGGCCACUGUGAUCCAGUAAUAGGCCAAUGUCAGUGUGAUGCAGGCUACACUGGAGAAAGGUGUAACGAGGAGUGUCCAGUGGGUUCAUACGGUGAGGACUGUAAAGGUGUGUGUGACUGUGCUAAUGGAGCCCGGUGCUAUAACAUCCACGGUGGGUGUCUGUGUGAGCCGGGGUUUAAGGGUCCACGCUGUGAUCACAGGAUGUGUCCUGAUGGGACCUACGGCAUGCACUGCGAACACCAAUGCCUCUGCAACUCACAAAACACUCUCAGCUGUCAUCCUCUGAAGGGGGAGUGUACCUGUCAGUCUGGGUGGGCGGGGCUAUAUUGUAAUGAAACUUGUGCUGAUGGUCAUUAUGGUAACGGAUGCCUGGAGCCCUGUCUCUGUGUGAACGGAGGGGUGUGUGACACGGUGACAGGCCAGUGCCACUGUUCACCCGGAUACACAGGACUACACUGUGAGAAGCUUUGUGAGGAUGGUUUCUAUGGGAAGGACUGCUUGUCUCCCUGUACCUGUGUAAACUCUAUAGCCUGCUCUCCCAUCGAUGGAACAUGUUUCUGUAAGGAAGGGUGGAGAGGACUUGACUGUUCUAUCGCAUGUUCAGCGGGCACAUGGGGUCCUGGCUGCAACUUCACAUGUCAGUGUGCAAAUGGAGCAUCCUGCCACCCUGCCGAUGGGUCUUGCAAGUGCACGGCAGGGUGGAGAGGAGCUUCCUGUGACGAGCCCUGUCCAAUCGGGACAUUCGGCCCAGGCUGUCAGCACAAAUGUGACUGUCUGCAUGAUGAAGGAUGUGAGAGUGUUUCAGGCCAGUGUCUGUGUUUACCUGGCUGGACAGGUCUGCGUUGUACACAGCACUGUCCAGAGGGAACGUGGGGCCUUCAGUGCAACCAGACCUGCUCCUGCCUCAACAGCGCCACCUGUCAGGCACAUACGGGAACCUGCCUGUGCAAACCCGGAUUCUGGGGAGCUCAGUGUCAACACAUGUGUAGUGCUGGUCUAUUUGGAGAGAGGUGCAGUCGUCAAUGUCCACCAUGUGUACAUGCUUCUUCCUGUCAUCACAUAACAGGCGAUUGUCUGUGUUUGCCUGGAUAUACCGGACACCUGUGUGAACAAGCCUGCCCAAUGGGUCGGUAUGGACGCCAUUGUAGCAAUGUGUGCAUGUGCACCAACAAUGCGACAUGUCAUCACCAGGAUGGUUUGUGCCUCUGUCCCGCCGGAUGGACUGGACCAGACUGCUCUUUAUUGUGUCAGACUGGGACCUUUGGCACUAACUGUGCUCAGACUUGCUCGUGUCCCCCCAACCAUUCCUGCGACCCUCACACUGGAGACUGUGUGUGUGUACCUGUACCAGGCGAGGACUGCAAACCAGAGCAAGAGCUGAGUAUGAUGGUGCCCGUGUCUCCGGUGGAGAAGGACUCGUGGGGUGCGAUUGCAGGAAUUGUGGUGCUGGUGAUUCUGGUUGUGCUCCUGUUGGCUGUUUUGUUGUUGUAUCGGCGCAGACAGCAGGACAAACAAAGCAACACACCCGUUGUGUCUUUCUCUUCAACCCGCACCGUCAGUUCAGAGUACGCUGUGCCAGAUGUUCCACACAGCUACCAUCACUAUUACUCAAACCCGAGUUACCACACGCUGUCUCAAAACAGACCUCCACUGCCACACCUGCCCAACAACCAGGACCGAGCCAUCAAGAACACCAACAACCAGCUGUUCUGCAGUCUGAAGAACAUGGAGCGGGAGAGGAGAGGUUUGUUUGUGACUGACACUAAUGCAACUCUUCCUCCAGGCUGGAAACACCAGGAGCCACCAAAAGAUCCAGGGGCUUUUGGCAUCGAUCGAAGUUACAGCUAUAGUGCUACUCUUGGGAAGCACUACAACAAAGAGUUGAAAGAUUCAUGUGUGGCAGUGAGCAGCAGCUCUCUAAACAGUGAGAACCCGUAUGCCACCAUCAAAGAUCUGCCUGGCCUGCCACCUUGUCCUCCAGAGAGCAGCUACAUGGAGAUGAAGUCUGCAGUGCCUCGUGAAAGAUCCUACACUGAAAUCAGCCCACCGGUUAUGAUACCCCCCAAUCUGUCAUGCAGAGAACACUGUUCCCUUGGCAACGUUGUGGAACAGGAACCUCAGAAUCAUUAUGAUCUGCCCACCAACAGCCACAUUCCUGGGCAUUAUGAUCUGCCCCCAGUGCGGAGACCACCCUCUCCAUCGCCACGAAGACUGCCCCACUGAUCUCAUUAAAGACUUUGGUUCUUCCCUAAAAUCACUGCCAAAUACAGAGUCAGCUUUACAAACUGAAAUACUGCCCACCACAGAUGAAUGGAUGGAUGCCACCAAAACUGCGCAAUACUGCCAUCUGCUGGACAACACUGACAACCUUUGAAUGUUCAUGGAGAAAAAAAGAUCACUUUUACAGGCAUUUAACCCAUGCAAGCCUGUGGAUGUUGCCAAGGACUUUAUUUUUCAUUUUCUUCCGACAAUAUUUUUGGGUGGCUAAACUACUGGCAUAUAAAAAGACGACCUUAGAAAGAGAUUUCGACAACUUGCUGCGUGUCAUGUGGUGACUCGUUGGAGCUUCAAUACAAAAAUCUUUUCACCUAUCACAAGUUGCUGUAUUAAAUCUUAUGUGAAAAACUGCAAAAGAACGGCACAUAUGCUCAUAUAAAAGAUGUGCAAGUAAAGACAUUAAUAGAAAAUCUGGUCUGGGCAUUAAUGGGUUAAAUGCUACAUAUUUUUUCUGUUUUAAAUGCUAUUCAUGUUUCUUAUCUAAUCUGGUAAUCAGGGUGUAAAUAAUAUCAUUUUUAACAGCUACAGAUCAAGUUUUCGUGUUUGUAAGAUCUAACAUUGGGUAGGCUACAUUUUGCUAUGAAUGUCAACUGAGUUCAACCAAUAAGAAUUGUAAAUAGUGUAAAUAAAAUCAAAGUUUUCAAGCACAA